AUGUCGUUGCCCUCAGAUUUUCUCUGGGGCUUCGCUACGGCAGCCUACCAGGUUGAAGGCGCGAUAGAGCAGGAUGGCCGUGGUAAAACUAUCUGGGAUACGUUCUGUGCUAUCCCGGGGAAGAUCGCAGAUGGAACCGACGGAUCUGUUGCCUGCGACUCGUAUAACAGGACUGCUGAAGAUAUAGCCCUUCUAAAGAGACUCGGCGCUACUGCUUAUCGUUUCUCACUAUCGUGGGCAAGAAUCAUCCCCCUCGGCGGCCGGAACGACCCGAUUAAUCAGGCCGGUAUCGACCACUACGUCAAGUUCGUCGACGACCUACUUGAGGCUGGUAUCGUUCCUUUCAUCACAUUACUACACUGGGACGUCCCAGACGCGCUUGAUAAGCGGUAUGGAGGUCUUUUAAAUAGAACAGAGUUUCCACUUGACUUCGAGCACUAUGCCCGUGUUGUUUUCAAGUCGAUUCCUAAGUGCAAACAUUGGAUUACAUUCAAUGAGCCUUGGUGCAGUUCUAUCUUAGGAUACAGCACGGGGUUCUUCGCCCCUGGUCGCACCUCGAACCGAGCCAAGUCCCCCGUCGGUGAUUCCAGCCGAGAGCCUUGGAUCGUCGGCCACAACCUCCUCGUUGCCCACGGCAGAGCUGUUAAGGUGUACCGCGAAGAGUUCAAGCCCACCGAUAAGGGACAGAUCGGGAUCACCCUAAACGGCGAUUACACAUACCCCUGGGACCCCGAGGACCCCAGAGACGUCGAGGCUGCCAACCGAAAGAUCGAGUUCGCCAUCUCGUGGUUCGCGGACCCCAUCUACCUCGGCAAGUACCCCGACUCGAUGCGGAAGCAGCUCGGCGACCGGCUGCCGGAGUUCACGCCCGAAGAGCUGGCGCUGGUCAAGGGCUCGAACGACUUCUACGGCAUGAACCACUACACCGCGGACUACGUCAAACACGGCGACGGCAACCCGCCUCCCGAGGACUUCCUGGGUGACCUGUCGACGCACCCGUACAACAAGAACGGGGAGUGCAUCGGGCCGGAGACGCAGUCGUUCUGGCUGCGGCCGAACGCGGAGGGGUUCCGGGGGCUGCUGAACUGGCUGAGCAAGCGGUACGGGUACCCGACGAUCUUCGUGACGGAGAACGGGACGAGCAUCAAGGGGGAGAACGACCUGCGGGAGCCCGAGAUCCUGGACGACGUGUUCCGGUACGAGUACUUCCGGGACUACGUGGGCGCGAUGGCGAAGGCGUCGAGCGAGGACGGGGUCAAGGUCAAGGGCUACAUGGCCUGGUCGCUGAUGGACAACUUCGAGUGGGCCGAGGGCUACGAGACCCGGUUCGGCGUCACGUACGUGAAUUACGCGGACGGCCAGCAGCGCAAGGAGAAAUACAGCGCUAAGAAGAUGAAGGAGAUCUUCGACGCGGUUAUCAAGAAGGACUAG